AGCCUUUAAGCUUUAUAGUUUUUAUGAACGUGUAAACGGGUGAGAAAAUACAAUUUGACCCCGACGUGAUUUGAACACGCAACCUUCUGAUCUGGAGUCAGACGCGCUACCGUUGCGCCACGAGGUCUUCGAUAGGUUGGUGGUGGGUGCUCUACAAGUCGGUGUGACAGAACAGAUGUUUAUCAUGUUAUUUUUCAGACUAUUAGUUCCGUUUUUGUUAACUAUUCUUAUUUUUUAUUUCUGUUUAAGGGUAAAGGCUGGAAUUGACGUUACUAUUUAAUGCUUGACCAUAUAACUUGUUGGCUGGACGCGUUUUUUUUCCAUGGAUUGCGAGAAUUUUAUAAAACGUUGUUAUUGUGAGAUUCACAAAAUCAAUUUUUAUUAUUCGGUCUUUCAAAUUAAUUAUGUCGCCACUAUUUAUUUUUACAGUGAACAUAUGAGUAUAGUAGACCUUGUAUUCUUAUUCACCAUGUAUUUAUCGUCGUAAUAUGUAGAUCCCUGGUGGUCUAGUGGUUAGGAUUCGGCGCUCUCACCGCCGCGGCCCGGGUUCGAUUCCCGGUCAGGGAACUAGAUCUUUUUUAAAACGUGAUACGUUACGUAUUCAGAUAAAGCACACACAAGAACUAUUAUUGAUUUUACUAUUAUUAAUUGUUGUUGAUUCUCUCUAUAUCUUAGAUAACGUAUUAUUGCAAUUAAUAGUUAUAAACAGAUUAAAUAGUUUGAGUAAGUAGCAUUACCGACAAGUACAAAGACAUUUUAAAGUAGAAUGCUGUAAUGUAUAACGAGUUAAGAUCGAACUUAAAAUUGUGUUAAUAAAACUGCGCACACUGCUCAUGGUCACAUAUCAGUUUUCACACUAAAUAUGUGAGAAGAGCUAUCAGGAAGAACUCGUGCAAAGUUUACACACGCACGCGUGCAUGCAGAUAAUCAGAAAGCAUCUGAGGACCUCGCUUCACAUCUUCAGAGAUAAAGGAAAGACCUUAUGAUGAGCCUAAUGGAUGGGUUUCACGUGACAAUUCGAACCUCCGCAACACCUCUCUCAGGAACGUAUGGCAUCGUUUGGAUCUCUCUGAUUGGCACUCAUUGCGAGACCCCUCCAGUCAGCGUGAAUCCAAAUCAACACCGUCUCCUGCCCGGCUCUGCCUGUACCAUUGUCAUCAAGCCUACAGACGAAAUUGGCCAAGUGGUUCUACUGAAACUCCGUCUUGAGGCUCACCCUGGCUUUCCGGACCUGAACUGGCACUGCCAGGAUAUACAUGUGAAGCAUUCUGAAGAUUCCAACAUAGAAGUAUUCCCAUGCAAUAAAUGGAUUCGGAGUGAAGAUGGUUACAUUGAGCUUCGGAAUGACAAAGUGUGUCUUAAAAAGGACGAAACAUUGGCAAUCCUGACAGCUCACCGGGAAAGGGCUCUUCAGAAUAAACAGCAACACAUCAGGUGGGCCACAUUUGUUGAAGGGGGCCCUCAUUGUGUGGACAUGUCCAGUUCUGCUUUAGGUCCCAACCUGAGAUAUGUCCGUCAACGGCCAGUCAACAUUGUGCACUAUCUAAAAGGUUUUGCUCAAAAUGGAACAUCUUGGAAAAGUUUCCAGGAACUUGAGACAUUCUUCCUGUUUAACGGAGGAGAGAACCCAGUUGCCAGAUAUGUUCAGGCCCAUUGGAAAGAGGAUGCCUUCUUUGGAUAUCAAUGCAUCAAUGGCUCCAAUCCUCUGUAUAUCAAACAGAUCCACAGCCUACCACCCAACCUGGCGGUCACUUCAAAGAUGGUCAAGACUUUUCUGCCACAGGGGUCGACCCUGGAGUACGAGAUGGAGAGUGGACAUGUUUAUCUUCUGGAUUUCGAGAUUCUGGAUCAUUUGCCUGCUAAUACUGUCAAUGGCAAGCAGACGUACAUGACUGCACCUUUAUGUCUUCUGCAUUAUGACCAACAAGGAGAGCUUAAGCCAAUUGCCAUACAGCUUCAACAGACUCCUGGUCCACAAAAUCCUGUUUUCUUACCUUCCGAUCCUGCACCGGAUUGGUUGUUGGCAAAGAUGUGGGUGCGUAAUUCUGAUGUCCUGGUCCAUCAGCUGCUUUCCCACUUCUUGCGCACUCAUCUUUUAGGAGAGAUGUGCUGUACCGCCACGCUCAGACAGCUGCCAGAGAUUCAUCCACUGCACCAGCUUCUGAUGCCACACUUGCAAAGCACUCUUCAGAUCAACAUUCAGGCUAGAGAAACUCUUCUGGCCAAAAAUGGUGUUUUUGACAAGGCUAUGGCUUGCGGUUUGGAUGCGGUAGCGCUGCUGGUUGCACGAGGAACGCAGCGUCUGCGCUACAGCGCGAUGUGCGUGCCAGAUGACCUGAGAUCCCGUGGACUGGAUACUCUCCCAAUCUGCUAUUAUGCGCAAGACGCUCUCAGGGUUUGGGACGCUUUAUAUAGGUUUGUUGAGGGCUGGAUUAAUUUGUAUUACUGUGAUGAUGAGAAAGUUCAACAGGACUGUGAACUACAGAACUGGAUCAGAGAGAUCUUCAUGGAAGGAUUCCUCGGCCUCACUCACACAGAAAUCCCACCGUCAUUUCAAACUACUGCUGAAUUGUGCAAGUUUAUCACGAUGAUGAUUUUCUCCAGUUCAGCGCUUCACUCAGCUGUAAACUUCUCUCAGCUGGAUUACAAUCUUUGGAUACCAAACAGUCCAGGAGUCAUGUUACGCCCCCCUCCUCAGACCAAAGGUUUAUUAUCUGAGGAUGAGCUUCUCUCUUUCCUUCCUGAGGUUAACACCACUUGCAGCAUUCUUACUGUCUUGACCAUGCUAUCAAAGCUUGCCAUUGACUAUGUGCCUUUGUGCCACUAUAAGGAGUGGUACUUUAGCAGCGGUGCCCCCCUCAGGCUUGUGGAGAAGGUACAGAGAGAGCUGAAGAAGAUAGCAAAAGACAUUAAAAAAAGAAACAGCCAGCUGGAGUUACCCUACCUUUACCUGUCACCAGAUCGCAUUGAGAACAGUGUGACUAUCUGAGUUCAUUAGUUAAAGUUGUACCAAAAGGGUUUUCUAAGUAACUUGUUACAUCACUAAAGCCUGAUGUUUUCUUUA